CCUUCGGAUGUCCCAGGGCCCCUGACAACUGGAUGGAGGACAGGAUGAGGCCUGUAGACCCAGAGAAGGGGGUGAUUCCCAUGGACACAGAGAGCCAGGCCAUGGACGUGCUCAAAGACCUUGCCCUCAAAUGGUUUAUGGAGACCCAGGCUCCCCUCAUAUUACAAAAUGGCACCCUCCCUGAGUGGUUCCAUGGAUUUAUUACGAGACAGCAAACUGAAGAGCUGCUUAGAGACAAACCACUUGGCUGCUUUCUCAUCAGGCUAAGUGACAGGGCCGUUGGCUACAUCCUUUCAUACAGGGGAUACAACCGUUGCCGCCACUUUGUGAUCAAUCAGCUUCAGAACCGGAGGUACCUCAUCUCUGGAGACACCUGCAACCAUCCCACACUCACCGCCCUCAUCAGCUACUACCAGGGAGCAAAGAUAGAGCCCUUCGGGGAGACCCUCACCACCCCCUGUCCUCGGCCUGCAGAGAACAGCUUAUAUGAUGCCAUCUCCCUGAACCUCUUGAUGGUGGCCCCACCUGAGUCAACCAGUCCCUCAAUGGAGAAGCAAGAACUGGGGGAGUUAGAAUACCUGAGAUCUGCCAAAGACAAGGACCCCAAGGCCAACUCCACUCCAAAACCCAUGAUUUCUUUUCUCCACUCCAAGAAAUCCCAAGAAGAAUGCCCUUGGAAGCUCUCAGAAGAGGACAAGGAUUUUCCAGAUGAAGCCCCUCCUCUGCCUGAAAGAAGUUCAUCCUUUCUGAUGGAUUCCAUGAGUGGCAGAAGCUCAGGAAACAUCGUGUAUGCAGAGCUGAAGAAAAAAAAUCACAAAAAUCAAAGCUUGAGCUUGGAGUCCUCUGACAUUCCCUCACAGAUCCCUUCCUCUGGCAGAGAGAUCCAGAGAAGGUUUAACAAUCUAAGUGGAGAAGAAGUGACUCCCAAAACCAAGGAGGCCCCACUUGUCACUCUUCUAAAUACUACCACACUCCCAGAGAUAAAGGUGGAUCCCAUCAAGAAGUCUCAAACAGGCUCUGUGUUGGAUAGCAGCUUGCCUGUGCCCAUCUCAACAUCUCCUGGAGAUAGAAGCAACAUGCCAAGCCCCUCAUAUCAUCAGGCUUCUCCCAGGGCUCAGGGCUCCCCUGAAUCCAUAGGGAGUGGCCAAGGAUUUGCCAUCCAUGCUGUUCCUCAGGCCUUUGGAAACUUGGGACCCAAUAAGUCCAGGGAUCCCAGCCCUUCAGGUACCUUUGAACUCAUGCCCAAGAUGAACAGCUCUUAUUCUUUGGAAGAUCAGGACCAGGUCUCAGGCAGCCAUGCCUAUGAGCUUCUCCCUGCUAGGUUGCCCAAGUCAGCCUUUCUCCCAUUCAUACCCACCUAUAAUCAGUUGGAGAGCCCCAGAGGCAGUGUGGAUAAUACUUAUGAGAAGAUCCCAGGAAUCCAGGAAGUACCUUCACCUACCUUACCAAGCAACCCCUAUGAGCAGAUCUCCAUCUCAAAGGCCCCAGAGACCAAGCAACCACACUCACAUAAGGCUGAAAAACACCGAAGGUUCUUCUUCACUGACCGGAAGAAUAAACAGUGACACCAGGGACCUUGGUUGUCUUGGCAGCAGAUUGAGGAAGGCUCCCUAAGCAUCCAACAGCUGGCUGAGGGACCCAGGUUCAUACUCCAGGGUCCAAUCAACUAGAAACCUCUGUUAUUCCAAACCCUACAGGUUCAAUUUGAACACAAAAAAAUGAAUCCAGAAGCCUAAAAAUAAAACCCGAGGAAGGGCAUUCAGUCCAUGACCUUGGAAUUUGUAAGGGAAAUAAACAUAAAGGCUAGAGAUUUGUAGAAUAUUAGAGCUGGACGGGUCCUUAAAAAUCACUUAAUCCAGCUGCUUCAUUUUACAUAUGAAGGAAUCAAGGUCCAGAAAGGGGAAGCAACCUGCCCAGGGCCACACAGCAAAGCCAUGGCAGAACUGAGACUGGAACGCCUGCCCCCUGCUUCCUGGAUCAAUGAUUCUUCUCUUUCAAUAUCUUCACUCAUUUCUUCCUGAUUCCUGUCUCCCCAGCUGUGUCCUACUGCUUGGCAAGGGACCAGGGAAGAAUGAGGGAAUAAACAUGUAAUAAGUACUUACUAUGUGCCUGGUACUAUGCAAAGCUCAUGAUGUCAUUGGAUAGUAAAUAAAUUUU